UUCCGCGGACAUCCCAAUUGCCGCAUUCAUAAGUGGCCAACAGCCCACGCGUUGAUCGGAGGACUGUGGGAUAUCACUCCUGAUCUUUACUUGCGAAUUUGCUCUGCUUGUCUAUAUCCAGGCGAAAACUUGUGUCUGAUCGCAGUGAAAUUCGAAUAUUGCGCUAUCUGAGACUUGCGCGGGGUUUGGCACAAUGCGAGAUGCAUCAAACGACAAAGGGUCGUUGGCACCUUUGCUGAUGGCCAUGCAUGCAGACUCUCAGGUGCAUCUCAUUAUCGGCGCAAGUCCACUUGCUGCCGCUCGUUGCAUUAAGAGUCUGGAAGCUGGCGCAAAGCCAAUCAUCAUUGCACCGGAUACGGGGGAUCUGCAGUAUACCCUGGCUGAGCGCAUAGAAAAUGGCUCAGCCCAGUGGAUUCGCAGAGAGUUCCAAGACACCGACCUGACGAGCUUGGGGAGGGAAGAAGUCGACCAUGUUGUGGACACGGUCUUUGUCACUCUGGGCGGGGCUCACCCUCUGAGUUCUCAUAUAUCCAAGCUCUGCCAACGACUAAGAAUUCCUGUCAAUGUGUCGGAUGCUCCGAACCUUUGCACUUUCAGUCUUCUCUCAACCUACUCGGAUGGCCCUCUGCACGUGGGAAUCACCACCUCUGGACGUGGCUGCAAGCUUGCUUCUCGGCUAAGAAGGGAAAUUGCAUCGACGCUACCCCCAAAUCUUGGAACCGCCAUCGACCGACUAGGGUCAGUGCGGAGACGUCUUUGGGAGGAGGACUAUGCGGCAGGCCUAUGCGAAGCCUCGCUGGACGCCGACGAGGACGACUCAACGGGCCAGAAGCACACUUUCAACAAUCUAGUGACCGAAGACGAUGUCUCUGCUGCCAAAACCCGGCGUAUUCGUUGGCUGUCCCAGAUUUGCGAGUAUUGGCCGCUGCGCAAACUUGCUGCCAUUAACGACUCCGACAUCGAUAAUAUCCUCCAGGCCUACUCGUCCAGCAAAGAUAGCCCCGAGGAUGUCAAUGGGGUCGAAGAUGUGCAAAGACAGGGCAAAAUUGUGCUGGCUGGUUCUGGACCAGGACAUCCGGAUCUCCUCACCCGAGCAACAUACAAUGCCAUUCAAACUGCCGACCUCAUCCUUUCAGAUAAGCUUGUACCGGCGCCGGUGCUGGAAUUGAUUCCUCGGAGGACCGAGGUCCAUAUUGCACGCAAAUUCCCCGGCAACGCAGACCAAGCACAAGAAGAAUUCUUGCGAAUGGGUCUCGAUGCUUUACGUCGUGGAAGACACGUUCUUCGUCUAAAGCAGGGCGAUCCUUAUCUCUAUGGCCGAGGAGGAGAAGAGUUUGAGUUUUUCCGAAACGAGGGCUACACGCCUCUUGUCUUGCCAGGAAUCACCAGUGCGCUGAGCGCUCCGUUGUUUGCUGAAAUCCCGGCAACCCACCGCGGCGUAUCCGACCAGGUGUUGAUCUGCACCGGAACAGGCAGAAAGGGAGCGGCCCCCAACCCCCCUACAUAUGUGCCGACCCAAACAGUGGUCUUUCUAAUGGCACUGCAUCGGUUGUCGGCACUGGUGGAAUCUUUGACGGCCCCGCCCGAAGACGUCUCGCAGUCCCGAACGCUGUGGCCCAAGAACACACCUUGUGCCAUCAUCGAACGGGCGUCGUGCACAGAUCAGCGGGUGAUCCGUUCUACCUUGGAACAUGUCUGCCUGGCCUUUGAAGCCGAAGGGUCUCGUCCUCCCGGUCUGCUGGUGGUUGGGGCCAGCUGCCAUAUCCUACAUCAACCUAAGGAUCAAAAGUGGAUCGUAGAAGAGGGAUUUAAGGGACUCGAUGAGCUGCGACAUAUUCCUGAGGUCGCUACGAUAGCAGAGAAGGAGUAGAGAGUGGUGGUGACUCUAGGAGGCUGCAAUGUUGUGAUAUAUAUGUGAUGACGGUGGACAAGGAGGUUUUUUACAGCAAGGAAUAGGAAAAAGAGAUACCCAUAUAGAUAGAGCAUUGACGAAUGAUCAUGAAUGAUUAAGAUUUUGAAACGUUUCCAAUAAUUCUUUUGAGCAAAACGUUACGAGGUCUAGAACCAGGCUUGUGUACAUAUAGUUAUGCCAAACCCAGCA